AAAAUAACGGGAAAAUAAAUACUUUGUAAGAUAUUACAUAUUUCAUGUCGCGAUUUUAUUCAAACUUAAUUAUUUUUUGAAUAUCUCACACACAAGAGUUAUAGAUUCUUUUGGUGAUUUAACUUUAAUAUUUUUAUACGCAUAAUGAUGAAGGAAAUCGAUUGUAAAAGAAAAUAUGUGGUAAAUAAAAAUGUGACAAAUAAAAAUAAAAAAGGAGUGACUUUAAAAUUUCAAAAAUCUCUAUUUGGAAUAAAACUGUACUGAUUACAGAAUGGUUUAUUAGGCGCGAUUGUCAUACGAUAAGCUGAUUUUUUGGUGAUAGCAUAGAUAUUUAAAUUGAGAUCCACAUUUUGCGUCCCCUUUUUUAGUGACAAAUUAAAUAUCAUGCAUAUACAUAUAAUAUAUUCUAUAUUAAUUAUAAACUUAUUUAAUUAAACAAUCUAUUUAUAAAAGAAUUGAUAAAAACCUUUUUUAUUGGAUCUUAAAAUCCACCCACAUAAAUGAUAUUUAUGAUGUAAAGUGAGUUACUAUCGCGAAAAUAAGCGAGCAUUUAUUUAUUACAAAUAAUAUAUAUAAAUUGUUUAUCCAUAGUUAUUCCGCCAUCUUUUGACGCCUCGUAUCAUCUUCUCUUCUUCUCUUUGUGUGUUUGUCAUUUGCUGCUCUUUUAUGGCAUUUACUUGCGAAAAAACACGGUUAAUUACGAUCUUAAUAACCAGAAUACAACCAUCACACGGUACUUUUUAUGGUACUCGCGAUGUUAAUAUACUUUAUUGCGAUGAUAGAACGCGAAAAUCACGGAGUUAUGAUCUCCUCGAGACUGGAAAAUCGUGUGAUCAAAUUCACGCAAUAGUAUUUAUCUCGUUAACAAACAGUAUAUACGCGCAUUUUAUAUGGCUGUUUAUUAUGUCUUAUUAUUAUAAUGUAAUAAAAUUGUUGAAAAUAGUCGUGUAUCCAACACGAAUUUUUUUAACAGGUAAUAAACAAAUAGAUAACAAUAAAUAAUAACGUCGAAUUUUACGCCGUUAUCUGAGAGCGCUGUUGUUUAUACGCGGUCACCUUGUUGUCAUUCUUACGGCGAGACUCGAGCAGGAAGAUAACAACGUGAGACGCGUAUCGUCGUAGUAUCUCUCGAACUACGGUCGUGACAAGUACGCGCGAUCACAUUCUCCAUUAUUAUAAUUAGUUAUAAGAGAUAGUAAAAUUGCCAUAUGUAUAAAGUGCGCGUGUAUUCGUUAACGAGAGCGAUAGCAUUGUGUGAAUUUCGGCCGCGUUGAUUUUUCUCUCGUCGCGGUGUAAAAUAAAAUGUGCAUCGUGUAUGAUUAACGUCGAAAGUAUUGGAAUGGAAAGUAUGAUAGUCGUAUUUUACGAUAGUCUUGUAAGUGCCAUGAAGAAGCAGCAAAGGGGAAACAAGAGAACAGGAGGAGACCCGAAGAGGCAUCAGAGAAGCAACUAUGGGUAUCAUCCCAUUACCCGGUCGCCGGUUUGAAGCAUGAAGGCUGACAGCGACGCGAAGUGAAUAGGCGGCCCACUCGUUCUCCUCACUUCCCCCUUUCGAAAUACGCACCUGCUAACAAACAGAAAACGAAGGCUGAACCCUCUGACUGUAUACAUAUAUAUUUAGGAAAAGGAAGAGAAAAAAAAGACCGCAACGGAUCACCGCCAAAAGUUAGUAGAAGUUUAGUCAAAGUGUGAGAGCGUGCGAACGAGAUAAAUAUAUAUAUACACAAUACACAUAUAUGUAUAUAGAAAGAGAAAACGAGGGAGAGAACGGGAGAAACACAAGAUACAUAUACAUAUAUAAAUAUAUAUAUAUCUAAAUAUAAGAGAAGGCGAUUCGUGAGUGUGCGUGUAAAUAAGAGCUAUUUUUCGUAUGAGAGCGAGAAAGACGCGCCCUGGCCGGAGAGAAGCGCGAAACGAUACGUUCGAGAAUAUCCUCGAACGAAGGAAGAUUUAAGGCGCUUCUCCUGAAGAAGAGGGCCGAGUCGUCGAGUGAAGGAAAGGAAGGAGAGGACGACGACGACGUGAUUUUGCAACGACGGAAGAGAGCGAAAGGAUACGUCGCGUCACGGUUGUUUGGACGUUGUUUCGAUGCUCUCCAAUCCGGAUCGCCGGUGUUUCUCCCCCCUACAGAGGAGUAGUCCCCCUCACGGAGACUGACCUGGCCGAUAUUGCGUAGGAAUCGCCGAGGAAGAGGCGAACGCGAAUAAUCUCGGGAAUAAAGCAAGGAGCGGAGAAAGAGAGAGAGAGAGAAAGGAGAAGAGGAGAGGAAAAAAAGAGAAGGAAAUAUAGAGAGCAGUUGUGUGUGCGGCAUCGAGAGAGGACCGGCUCCAUGUUGUGAGCGUCUGAGGACUGCCGAGGGCAGCAGCGAAAGGGCGGAGUAGGGUGCCACCGCCGUUAUGGAGUACGGUGGCGGGGGCGGUGGGGCACGCGGAGGUGUCCAGCCACCCUCCGCGGGGGCGAGGGGCAUCGCCGGAACCGACACUACCGACGCAGCGUGGCACAAACACGAACAAAUGAUGCUCAUGGAGUCCAGGCACAAGCAACAAUUGAGUGGGAGGACGGGGACCGGCGGUGCGCCCCUUUACGGGCGCCUGGUGGCCGAGGAGCCCAUGCCCUCCGCGGUAUGCGGUGGUGCCGGUGCCGCGGGUGGCGGGGCUGCCGGCGGGGUCCCGCAGGAGACCCCCUCGGACAUUCACGCCAUGCAGGCCAGGAUACCCCACAGGUUUCGCGAUCCAGCGACGGCGCCCCUCAGGAAACUCAGCGUCGACCUCAUCAAGACCUACAAACACAUCAACGAGGUUUACUAUGCGAAGAAGAAGAGGAGAGCACAGCAGAUGCAAGGAGAAGAUGGCUCGCAUAAAAAGGAGAGGAAACUCUACAACGAUGGCUGGGACGACGAUAAUCACGAUUAUAUUAUCAAGAAUGGGGAAAAGUUCCUCGAUCGAUACGAGAUCGAUUCAUUAAUAGGUAAAGGCAGUUUUGGCCAAGUAGUGAAAGCGUUUGACCACGAAGAGCAGACGCAAGUGGCAAUAAAAAUCAUCAAGAACAAGAAACCUUUUCUAAAUCAAGCGCAAAUCGAAGUUAGGUUAUUAGAAAUGAUGAACAGAGCAGAUACCGACAACAAGUAUUAUAUAGUUAAACUGAAGAGGCAUUUUAUGUGGCGGAAUCACUUAUGUCUAGUAUUCGAACUGCUGUCGUAUAAUCUGUAUGACCUACUUAGAAAUACGAAUUUCCGAGGAGUGUCAUUAAAUCUGACAAGAAAGUUUGCACAGCAACUGUGUACUGCCCUCUUGUUCCUGUCUACACCGGAAUUGAACAUCAUUCACUGUGAUCUGAAACCCGAAAACAUCCUUUUAUGCAAUCCCAAACGAAGUGCGAUAAAGAUAGUCGACUUUGGUAGUUCGUGUCAACUUGGACAAAGAAUAUACCAAUAUAUUCAGUCCAGGUUCUACAGAUCACCGGAAGUUCUAUUAGGAAUACCUUAUGACCUCGCGAUAGACAUGUGGAGUCUGGGAUGUAUUUUAGUAGAAAUGCACACGGGAGAACCUUUAUUUAGUGGGGCCAAUGAGGUCGAUCAAAUGAACAAAAUCGUAGAAGUACUAGGAAUGCAGCCGAAACAUAUAUUGGACUAAGCGCACAAGGCGCGGAAGUACUUUGACAAAGUCCCCACGGAUGGCUCGUACGUGCUGAAAAAGUCCAAGGACGGUAAAAAAUACAAACCUCCCGGCACGAGGCGCUUACAUGAUAUUCUAGGUGUUGAAAGCGGCGGCCCCGGGGGCAGGAGGAUAGGGGAGCCCGGUCACUCGAUGUCCGAUUAUCUCAAGUUCAAAGACCUAAUCGUACGGAUGUUGGACUUUGAUCCGAAGACGAGGGUAACGCCGUAUUACGCACUCCAACACAACUUCUUCAAGAGAACGGCCGAUGAGGGGACCAACACGAAUGUCGCUGCUGCCAAUAGCGCGAGCACGAGUCCGGCAGUGGUGUCGAUGAGCCAGGAUCAUGGACUGGUAACCUUGUCGGGACAGGGUGGCAGCGGCAGCAGCAGCAGCGGCGGCAGUCUGCAACAAAUGCAGGCGUCGAGUCUCCCUGGUGGCGGUUAUCAACCCAUGGACUGCGAGUCUUCGCCUCGUCACACGGGCGGUCGGCGUGCCAUAACAACGGGCUACCCAUCGACAUCGGCCGGGGCGCCCGCGUCAGCCCCGAUGACGACGUCCAUGCAAUCCAUGGACAGCUCCCUGAUACAGAGCUCCCUUGGAUCGUACAAUAGCCUAAUUCUUCCUAAUAUACCCCAUCUGCCCGCGAUGAUGACCUCGCCGAUGAUUCAGCAGCAGAACUUCUACAAUUACGGCUACUCGACCGCCGACGCGCAUGGGAUGGUCAGACAACCGUCGACGGUGUCGACCGGUAACCAGCGAGAUUCAGCGGAGAGAGAAGAUAGCCCGAUGGUCGGUGUCUGCGUCCAACAGAGCCCGGUCGCUAUUCACUGAGGUGGUAGAAGUGGACAAUACAGCUGAUUGAUUGAUUGUAGGCAAUUGCAAGAUCAGUGGAAGAGGAAGACGAUUUAGCUGAUUUAUUACCAGAUAGAGAUCGUGGCAUACUUCGAACGUUUGUCUACGAUAUGUUAUUGUCGUAGAUCAAGAAAGAGGCGAGAGAAGAAGAAAAGGAAAUGGCUUGUAAACAUUUUCAAACGUCGUUCUCCGAUGCUGCUUUCUCGAAGCACAGAGCCAAAAAAGAAAAAAACACAUCAGUGUUCGCGAUCAGCGAUUAACUUCGACAGUGAGAAUUCAACAAAUUUUUCGGACACACGUUGGUUUGGCUGAACAAUUUUCUGAAAAAUACAGACGAAAAAUUUCCCAGACGGAAAAAUCCACGAGACAUAAACGCAAGUCACAAAGCCCAAAUCUCUCUCUGAGAUUAAGAAAUCACAGAAGCGGAGAAGUUUACUUUAAGCUCGGCGGCGAUAACGACUGAGAAAACCAACGAGUAGAAAAGAGAACACGCGAGAGAAAGAAAAGAGAAGGGAAAACAUGGGAGAGGUAAACCUCUAUUUCUGUUACGUUGCUGUAUUUUCGUAUCUUUUAUUGAGCUGACUGGCCCUACAUUGAGCGUGGAUAUUACUACGUGUCUAACACGGAUGAUUGACGAAAGCUUCGAGCACGGACAGACGGUAAUGGUCUAGUGAGGAUGAACCCAGCUGGCCUCUCGGGUCCUGCCCGAUUUCCACGAACACUCUGAGCAGUUUUAGAGAAAACAACUCUGAGCGGGAAAACUUUCGGCAAUCAAACUGUGUGGCCUAGAGAGCGAAAAAGUGAUAAUUACUAUUAUUACUGCGUAAAAGAAAAAAAGAAGGAAAAGUAAGAAUUACCAAUGUAAGCAUGUACUCCAAUAGAGUUUUAUACACGAUGUCACGGAUGUAAACGGUUUAGCAAGUACUUGCGAGCAAACAGUCGCGUCGACUAGUUAUUUGUAUAAUACACUUAGAAUGAAUGAUAAGAGUGCAGCUUUAGGGUUUAGCUUUUAAGUGUGAGGAGAUAACAUAUACAUCCACCCAUCUACUCAUCCACAUACAACACACACACACACACACACACACACACACACACACACACGACAAUGUAAACUCGACCAUUUUAUUUACUUUAAUGAAAACACAAGAAUGCAAGUUGCGAACGUCAGUUUGUUGUUGAGCAAGGACUUUAAACAAACGGAGUUCGCGCGGCUUAACAACAAUACAUAUUUAUACAUAAAGAAAAAAAACAGUAAUAAGAAAGUUAAAAAACAGCAUACACGUAAGAUCGAUCAAGAAUGGAAUAUAAUCAUACGAGGAAUCUAGAUAUUUUAUAAUAAACAAUACGCGCGUAUACUCUCACAUGCAUACGUUUCCAACGCCAAUCGUCAUUGAUUUUUGCCGUUUUGCUCCGAUGGUUGCUUAUGCCAUUUGCAUCGAUCAUUAUUAUAGGCCUUUUAUUGUGUACGCAAGAUUUGAUUUUUAUUCGGCCAUAAAUGGUUUUUAAUCUUGGUUAAAUUGUGUGAUCUCUUUCGAUUAUUUAUGUCGAUGUAUUGUAAAAUUAGAUGACGAACAAAGGUAGAAGCCAAUAAUUUAUUUCUUAUUGUCAACGCGUAAUCAUGCGUUUCGUUGUGAAACUACCAAUUGUAAAAGUGUAGUAUAGUACCUGAAGGCAGACCAUUAAAAUGCAACCAUAAUAAAUCCCUCUAUACAGCCCAGAUGUGUUAUGAAAGAAAAAGAAGAGAAUAAAAAAUACGACACUUUUAAUAGAAACUAUAAUAAUAUACGCUGUAAAGAAAAAGAAAUCUUAAAGAAUUAUGCAUGUUGCUUUUUUCGUAAUCACGAUAGCAAAAAAAAAGUGGAAAUACUUAAAUCUGUUUACGAAAUAUAUUUUAUAUAAUUGCGGCUUUUUAUACUUCCAUACAUAUACGAAAGAAAAAAAAAAUGCUCCACGGAGACCUAAGAUUUAGAUAAUAAUUUAUCUGUAUGCCAUUUAUUAUAUUAUACAUAGGACAAACGCGUGAUCAUUUUGUUGACGGAUCGUAUCGAUUUACUGUGUAGCUACUUUAGAACAUUCUAGGACUUUAAUUGCUUUAUGAGAGGUCUCUCGUAAAAAUAAAGCUGCAUGUAUAAUUCCUAAUCCGUCAUCUUCAACGUUUUAAUUGCUAUAUCUUUUUCUUUUUUUGUACACAAAUUUCAAUGCGUAGAUAGCGGCGGCUUAAAUAAGCACCGUAUUUCGUCUGCAUGACCGCGACUGUUGUCAGAAGAGCUUGGCUAAAAAAAAAAAAAGAAAAGAAAAAGAAAAAGGUAUUAGACGACCAAGAGAAUUCUUACAAUGUAUUUUCUGGAAAAGUAAUAAUGAGAGUCUCACUGUGAAGUUUAGAUUUGAAUUUUUCUUGUAUUAGUUGUAAAUAUAUAUAUGAGAGAGAAAUAUAAAAUACUUUUUCGAGUAGAGCUGAGAAAAGUCUAACGUUUCACAAGCCAUUCGAUCUGCUAAGAAUCAUUUUCUUCAUGCGGCCUUUCGAAUGAUUUGUAUAUUUUUAUACACCUGCAACACAGAAACAUUUGCGGAUACGUUUAAACAAGAUACACGCGCGCGCGAAACGUUCUAUAUUGCAACUCAGAUGUUGAGGUUUGUUAUACUCGAAUUUAUACUAAGUUACCGAGCGAAAACAAAUUUUCUAACAGUAUCUAAUAAUGUAAAUCUUCGACGGACAAAUAGAAAAUACGAUGCCCUACAAACCUAUAUCAUAAAUGUUUUUAUAUCGCAUUGAGAUUUACGGCAAUCAGUGCUUAAGAUACAUUAAAAAUUCAGAGUCGUAAUGAGUCUGUGUUGUGAUUAGAUAGCUCGAAAGCAAUGCUUAAAAAAAGAAUAGAGAGAUUCACUGUGACAUAAUAAAUAUGCUUAAACAAGAGGAAAAGCUCCACAAAAAUUAUCCGAAACCUGAAACACAGAACAUGUCGCGCACCUUAUCUCAAUAAUCUUUUUGAUAAUUUCAGCAGUUGAAAAAAAAAAAUACAGGAUAAUAUGAUUUAUUAGGAUGUAGAGAGAGAGAGAGGGAGAGACAGAGAGAGAGAGAGAGAGAGAGAGCGAAAUUAAUCGGGCGGAACGCUCGGAUUUUCUAUGACAAGUUUUAAGCGUUCCUCGCGAAAGAAUAUCCUGUUGAACGGCAAAAAUCAGUACGCUCUAUAAGUAUAGAUAAUGUUGCGUGUAUUAUAUCACAACGCACGAGCCCUCUUCCGAAUUCCGAUUGUUACAAAACCUGAUGCUGUGCUCACCAGUUUCAAAAACAAACACGGUGUUCAUAACAUUAUUCGCGCAGAGAAUCGAACGCGAUCGUAUUUUCGGAGCUAAUUAUUUUUUAUCAUAAAAGAGAAAGAGAGAGAGAGAGAGAUCUCUCUUGAAUCUCGUUCGCCGGUGACUUUGCUUUGCGACAGGAUAUCUACCUGUAAGAUAAUCCUUCUACAUCGGAUAGUUCGUAUAUAUAUAUACACAAGAGCGAUAUAUCGCUCGAUACCGGUCUCUUUUCUUCAGCCGGAUCAAGGACAUGCACAAUUUCUACGAUGGACUACUGGGCACAGCGUCACGUUUAGUAAAUACAUAGCUCUUGUAUGCUCUGGAUAAUUGUUGAUUUUAAUUGAAAAUAAUUAUUGUUUUCUUUUUUUUUACACACCUGUAUAGAGAAGCAAAGUGAUCGAUUAGGUAUAACGAUGCGAGACUUUUAGCGCGAUUAAACGACCGCCGUCAUCCGGACGGAUAAAUUUAGGGACAAUUUUUUUUGCAUAGUGCGCGAAGAGAAAGGCCACGGUAGGUACGAUUCUCGGAGAAUAUUUCGAACGAAAACAAGUUAGGAGGAUUUGUAAAAUAUCGAAGCGUGAAAACGAGCGUGCCGAACGUGGCUAUGCGCAUAAUAAAGGACCUUUAUUUGCCACGCGAUGAAAUGCGUUUUAAACGUAUGUUUAGUAGUCUCCAAAUAUGGGAAAGAAAGGGCCCGCAAUGAGCAGAACGAAAAAAAACUUUCCUUAGGAUUUCUUUUGCUUUUUCCGAUAUAUGCGCAUCUUAUUUUUCGAGAAUCACCAUUUCUUGGAAUCUGUUCACUCAACAACUGUCGCAAAAAUGCAAAGUAUUUAAGCCAAUUAGCAGACAGCAGAGAUGUAUACAUUUAAUAACGUAAGAGCUAGCCGCGAUUCAUGUUCCAAAUGAUUCAUUUCGCUGCAUUUCAAGUAUACACAUACAUACACAUAUAUAAUUUUUUUUGUACGUGGAAGAAACCGUUAAGAUCAGAAUGAUAACGAAAGAAAGAAACGGUAGAUAUCAUGUUUUUAAUGGUAUAUAAUAUGUUUUAAUUAUAUGUAUCUUAUAUAUAUAGUCCAGACAUGUGUAUGCGAUACAUAUUUUUGCAUAUGCUAUGUGUUGAUUGUUUGCAUAAUUUUUUAAUAUUUGUCAUGAAAUUUUUUGACGGAUUUUCUUUACCAUCUGCUGCCCGAUGUAACUUUUUCAAAUCUCAUUUUCCUUAUACAUUUCUCUUUGCGUUCGUCGAUUAUAAUUAUAAAUAUAAAAAUCCAUUUCUUAUAUAUAUAUAUAUAUAUAUAUAUAUAUAUAGGGUGGCCCAGAGCUACCGCACCACCUGCUAAUAGCAGAUUCGUGACAUUAUUUUAAGAUAAUUUUUCCUCAGCAAAAAUGUCAAGGCAUCAAUAAUUUUCGUGUUAUAAGCGACUAAAAAAGAAGAGCUUUUUGCAAACUAAACUUUAUAGAGAGUUAAAACUACAUUUUUUAGUUAAUUUUAGAUAGAGUUUACUUUAAUAAAGAGAGAGAAAGAGAGAGAGAGAGAGAAUUUCAAUUUAAGGCUUAGUUACAGAAAUAUAUGACGGAAAAAAUUGGAAACUUGCAAAAAAUGAUGACUUCUCUCGACAUUUUCGCUGAGGAAAAAUCAUCUUUAAAUAAUCUCAAGAAUCUGUUAUUAGUUGGUGAUGUGAUAGGUCUGGGACACCCUACACACACACACACACACGUUAUACAUGGUCCUGUGUUUUUAUCAAAUAAUAUAUACAAAUUUAUUUUUCUUAUCUUCUCUAUUCAUGUACAAGAUGCGUUCGAAAUUGCGGUACAACAGCCGAUUGUGAACCACAUUUUUACACACAGCUAGUAUAUUAAAUAAUUUUUUACAAUUACAACGAAUAAAUUGGGCAAUAGACUGGUUCGCUUCUUAAUUUCCGAUCGUGCUACGUAACAUAUUUGUUAAUUAUCACGAAUCGGUGUCUAUCGGUGUCUACACCUAAAUCUUUUUUCUGUAUGCAUUAUUUUGUUUUUUCGACAAUUUCAUGUUUUAAUGUAAAAUUUCAUAUUUAUAAUAUAUCUAAUGCGAUAUAUAUAUAUGUAUAUGUAUGUAUGUAUGUAUGAAUGUGUGUGUAUGUACGAGCGGCUUUGUAAAAGUCUGUUUGUAAAGCUCAUGCUCGCGAAUUUUAAUUCCGGGAUCAUUGGAACAUGUCGCCACGGCGGGGAAGUAAAGUAACUUAAGUUUCCUAACGUCAUGUGUAAAAGCAUUGUGUUCAGAAACAAAUAUAACUAUAAUAUGACUGAUGCGCCUGAGAGGCGAUGUGCGAGCGUCCUUUGAGAAUUAAGUAUGAGAGAGGUAAUGUGAUGUCUUGAUGAUGUCUCGUUUGGCGCAAUGGUAUGCACCAUAAUCGGGACAAAAAAAAAGAAUAUAAGAAAUGAACGCAGAGAGCGAGGGAAAAAUAUGUAUAUGUGGAUGCAUAUGUAUGUUUGUAUGUGUGUGUGUGAGAAAGAGAGAGAGAAAGAGAGGAGGAAACAAAAAACCGAUUUAUUAAAAUGAAGAAAAAAUAAUUAACAAAAACUCUAUACCGGAUGAAGGAAAAUGAACUUGUAUCUAACGUGUAUACAUUGUCAUAACAUUAUUAUGAUGAUUAUUAUAAUUAUUAUUAUACAUAUAAUAAUGUAAUUGAAAAUUUGAAACGAUAUUACAUAAGGUUAAUAAUAAACAAAAGCAUCUU